CUAUCAUUUUGAAGUUUUCGGCUAAUUGGAACACGCUUGAUUAUAAAAAAAAUUGUAUAAGUUUGAAUUGGUGGUGAGAUUAUAAAAAAUCCGAACUCAACGUUUAUUCUAAUGCAAAAAUAUAAUUGAGGCUCACAUUCAGUGACAAUGAGUUAAUUAAUUUCAUAAAUGUCCUCAGUUUUUACAUUUUUAAGGUUAUAUAUUAUUUAAAAUUUAUGUUUUUUUAAUUUUACAACAUGGUUGAACCUAGUAAAAAACAUUGGCUAGAUUGUCCCUAUGUUCAUACAGAAGUUUACGGUUUAUCUCAGGAACUUUAUGAAAAACCGACUGAUCAAAACUUGAAAAAGCUCCACAAUUACAUUCAGGAUACCACAAAUUUAUUGAGAAAAGAAGAUGCUCGUACCUUAUUUCUAUGUUAUAUUGCACGAUGUAAUGCUAAUCGAGCCUUGAAGAAUGAUUUUCUAAACAAAGUUACAAAGUCUAGAUCAGAUUUCUCCCUUUUCUUCGAAAUAGUAAAUGACGCUAUCAGAGAAAUUUUGGAAAAUUAUGAAACAGAACAGGCAAUUUUAUCAACUAAAAACAUCCUUUACAUUCUUCCAGUGGUGAACACUUUUUAUCAAAUGAUUAAAGAUAAAGAUGAAGAUAGAUUGUUAUUAAUUGUCGAGGCUAUGCUACCACUAUAUGAUGCUGUUUUGGAUACUUUGAUACAACAGUUGCAAAUUGAUUUUGGAAAAGCUUAUAAUUUCAAGAAUGAUGAUCUCCUAUCUUUAUCUCACCAAACUAUGAAACACAUACUUUGGAUUUUUGUUAAAAUGCCAGAGUGUAGUUUGGAGAGCUACAUAUUGGCGUUCAUGGAUUACAGCUAUAGAAUUUUAAGCUAUGAAAAAAUUGCUUUAGAUAUGAAAAGUAAAUGUGCCCUGAUUUUUCUUCAUUGUCUGAAAAAAUUACCAGAGGAGGAAUUGGUCAACUUUAAAUUCAAAGGUAAUCCCCUCUUAGAGGUAACAAAUGAUCCAGAAGAAAAAGAGAGUUGGAUAUGUGGAAAAAAUUUUAAAUUCGCAAGUUUGUUGGAUAGUACAAGUGCUAAAGUUGUAUUAUUCUCAGCAUUAUAUAAUUGUGUUCCUUUCAGAGAACAAUUUAUACUGAUGCUUCCCAACAAUAAAUGUGUUUACCAAAGUAUCUUUGAAGAGAUGCUUGAAUGUACUAACAGACCUUUGUCGGACAAUGGUGAAAUUGUUGAAAUCACCAGAAAUUUGCUACUUAUGUCGGAAACUAUCAAUAGAGCUCCAAUUCCUAUUUUCGAUAGCAUUUUCGAUAAAGCUUUUGCUUAUGUAAACUCUUAUUGUGAUUUUCCAUUGGAUCCAGUACAAAAAAACAGUUCACUUUUUUUAUCUAAUAUUGUGAAAACUUCUUGCAAUCAUUACAAAACAGGUAUUGACAAAUUCAUUAAUUGCCUCAUCAGCUCUAUAAAUCUGAGAGAAGGAAAGAGAAAAAUAGACUUUGUAACAUUAAUGUACAUAUGUUCAAAUAUGAAAUGUUCUUUCUUACUCCAACGUAUUCCAUACCUUCAAGACCAAUUGUUGAACCUUCUUUCCGACCAUUCUUGCUUUAUGAAUGCUUCCAAUGCUUAUGAAUUAUUGAUGUCGGAGCAUUUCACCGAGAUAAUGUUAGAAGAAUGGUUAUCGAUUUGGGUGAGACCAGCUCUGGCCCAACUGAGAACUGUCGACUUCAGUGUAACUCAUAUCUAUCAUAGGAUACUGUGUAAAGCAUUUCAAUUGAAUCAAGAUAUUUUGCGAGACCUAUUUCCAAAUAAAUUUAUGGGAACACCUAGGGAAUGGGCGGUGUUGCUCAAGUGCUUGUGUCACGCAAGGAAUACAAGGAUACCGAUUAGACUAGGGAAAUACGACACCUCCAUUUAUUGGUGGGGUUUGGUAGAGAAGUCGAAAUUGAAGUUAUUUGCUGUUCAACGUGAUGACAUGAUUCGUAUUGCAGCUUUGAAGGUGGUUGUUGAGUGUCAGAAAACCACUGAAUAUUUCACAGAAUGGGAAUUCACCUACCUAUCUGAUUAUUUCCUACUGAAUGGCUGUAAUCAAGUGCCCCACAUGAGAAAAGAGAUAGUAGCCCUAUAUAAAAAGGCUUUUACCAGAUACUUUGCCAGUAUCGAAGUAAUAAGAAGGCAGGUAGAAUGCUUGAAAAAACGGAUGUCUCAAACAGAUAUUCCGACUAGUGAAUCUUGGAUGUCCAAUUUCACUAAACUGAAUAAAUGCUAUAAAUCAUUCUUGAAAAACUUCAUUGGUAUGUGUAUAGACAAUAUAUGUCCAGAUAGUAAUUUCUAUAGGAGAAACGCAGCUUUGGAAUUGUUGGUGUUCAUUCAACCCAACGUUGAAAAAGAAGAAUGGUGCAGUUAUUUCAAAGGAGACGAUAUAGAGAACUUGCAAAGAAUUUUGUUCGAUAAUUAUGAAGUGAAUAAGAAGAUGGCUCUUGGUAUAUUAACCAAGAUGGGAUCGGACAAGUUUAUGCUUCAAGAUGGAGAUACAUAUACCAGUUUCAUGAGGAUAGCGUUAUCUUUUGCUAGUGAUGUAAAACCUAGUAAAUCUCUUUCAGCAGCCUAUAUGUUUCAACUUUGUUGUAACUCUCCUUUAAUACCAGAUGAUGAGGGGAAAUUGGUAGAAGAUAAAACCACUAAUAACGAUCCCAUCUUGAGAAUGAUACAGACUCUAACAGCUGAAUUGUUGACCAAGAGCGAUUCCUACAUCAAAUCAGAUUUCGAUGAGUGUACUUUAAACUCUCCCUGUUACGGCCUACUUACCUGCCUGAGAUAUCUGAUCAGGUUCAGACCCAAAGAGUUAUGGAAUGAGAGCUGUGGAACAACUUACCGCAUGAUAUUUUCGAUUUGUCAAAAAAUUUUCAGGGUAGUCCUACCGAUCGUAAGCAAUCCAGCUCCGGAAGGUUACUUACCAGACAAUGAAGAAACGGAAAUUAACAUUAGAGAUGACACUGUCAGAUCUCAGAAGAUAUUGGUGUAUGCUUGGCGUACAGUUAAGGAGAUAACGUUGCUAUUUGCUGAAUUUGUUCAACAAGAUCGUAGCAUCGAAGAUAAUUUUUUGAGUGUUGAACGUUAUGUUGAAAUUGGAGAGCAUUUUAUGGACAUUUUCGUUCAAGCAAAACAUCGGGGAGUAUUUGAGCAAGCAUACCUUGGUUUUUGUAUCAUCUGUGAAGAAUAUUGGAUUUAUCCGAACAAAGAACUAAGUAAAUUACCAAUGCAAUGGCUUAGAAGAGGCUUAGAUCUAGUUACAGGCGUUAAAGUAGACAAUAGGUUAUGUUCGACUAGAAGAAGUGCUGGAAUGCCGUUUCUCACAUUGGCCAUAUUGACAACAGACCCUACGCUUGAUAAAGCAUCUGUGCGACUAACUAUGCAAGAACUGAUGGCGGCUGCUGGUAACCUAGAGGAAGAUCGAAUGGAAUAUAGGACUCACUCCUUCAAUAUUCUGAGAUUCUUGUUUAGGCAUUCAAAACUUAGUGAUUAUGUGCCUCCCUACAUCGAAAGAGCGGCUGAACUUGCCUUGAAGGGAAUGCAGUGUGCAGAAUGGGGUGUGAGGAAUUCUGCAACAUUGCUAUUCUCUGCUCUCAUAACUCGAUUGUUUGGGGUUCAAAGAACACAAGAUUUUGAAGUGGUGACCACCAAAAACAAAAUGACCACAAAGGUAUUCAGUUCGAGAUAUCCAAUGCUUUAUGCGUAUUUGAUAGACACUUUGAAAGCGGAAUGUGAGAAUAAGAGCAGUCUAGUAUUGCAUCCAAUCCUGAUAUUCUUCUCAAGAUUGUAUCCUGGCUAUACAGAACUCGAGGAUCCUAUGCUUGAAGAAGCUAAAAUCUAUAUCAGAAAAUGCAUGGCCAGUCCUGAUAACGAAACUAGAAAAUUAGCAGUUAUGGCCUCGAUAUCCAUUGUAAAACCGAAGGAACUCCAUCAAAUUGUAAGGAGGAAUUUUGAGAUCAUUUCUCAAAAAAAUGUUGGUAAUAACGAGUGCCUGGCGCUCCUUCUUGAGGCUUGGCACAUCCUACAAUUUUUAGGUGAUCGUUGUGAUGUUCACGUGGGUAAAAUAGUUGCGGAUAGUAUAUAUAUUUUGGAGACUGCUGGUACUAAAUUCAGUCAUUAUUGUGUUUCUUUGUACAUGGAGGUUUUAACGUUUCUUUUUGGAAAUGUUCUGAGGUACGAAGAAAGAAUCGACCUGGACACGCUUCGCAAAAUCUUAACGUCAAUAUCUAGGCUGAUGGAGGAACAGCAUCUGAACUUAACGGGCAGGUCAAAUUUCGAAUCUGCCAUGGUUAACCUCACUAUCACGAUAUUGCUAGUAAGGCUUGAACAUGUGGACACCACAUUUCAAGCUAUUAAUUUCGAUUUCGAGAACUAUCUGGAGGUUAAUGACGGCAUGAUUAUGAAAAACUACUGCCUUCACUUUGUGCUCUGCCUCAACAUAAGUUACAAUGAGUGUGGUCUACCCGAACCACCUCUUUACAUUUUCGAUGAGUUGGCACCGAUGGACUCUAUCAAGAAUGUCAUAGCGAACUUCAGCACCGCCACCAAGAGCGAAUUUCUCACCAACAUACACAAAUUCAUGAUAAACUUCUUGAGAAGAGAACUGAAGCGAAUGCAGUUGACCGCCAAGGUGGACGAAUGCUUCAUUUUAAUCCUUCUCCUUUUGCCUUAUUAUCCUUGCCUCUUAGAGGCCCUCAACGGAGGUGAUAGACAAAAAACCAUGGACAUGUUGAUCAAUUUCUGUAGCUGUGAUAGGGAAGAAGUUAUGAGUGCUGUUAUAUCGUGUGUAGGUGUUUUACUUACAACUGUGAAAACAGACAAGUUGAAAAAUUUAGAUUAUAGACGUUUGAUACGGUUGUUGAGGAGGAGUGCAUCACCUGAAGCUGCUAUCUACAGGAGGUUGUCUGUUGUCCAGUUUCUGGUUAAAUGCAAGUACAUGUAUAUUUACGGACCAAGGAAUUUUAAAACUACACAAUUUGUAAGUAUCCUGAAUACAAUCCUUACAUUAUUAGAAGAUGAAUCUUUGAGGAUAAGGAAUGAGAUCAGUGCAUUGACGGAUGAAGAGAAUAUUGUCUAUUUAGACGAACAUUCUAAAACUGGAUGGAAAUGCUGUCCUGAUAAAGCGCGAUAUGACUUCAUGAAACAUUGCUGUAAGAUUUUGCCUAAAGCGUUAUCCAUAAGUUUUUUGAUGUCUUGGUGCCUCAGACAUUCUCCGGAUUCUCUAAAUGAUAUGUCAGAGGUAUUCGAAAGAAGCGAGCACAAUACUUACGCAGAAAACAUACCAUACAUACAGAUGACUUCGAAAAUAUUGAACCCGUUAUUGUGGACUUUACCGUACAGUCUCUCUUAUGACGAUAAGUCUAUGUUCAUGGAGGAACAAUGCCAAAUAGUAACUAUCAUCUUAUAUGACGCUAUGAACAAAUAUACAUUUCCAAUGGUGAACCGUAAAACCAAAGUAUCUGUGAUUUGUGCUCUCAGGUCUAUAUUGACCUAUCUGGAAGUGAAUCCGCUCAAUCCUAAUUUUAAGUACAAAUUUAGUGAAUACUUCAAAACCAAAAUAUUAUUCUAUUUCAAAAAACAAAUCUGUAAGAGAGAUUACCAUUCUGUGAAAAAAAUAUUCUUUUUAUUGUACGGACCUGUUCUGAUGGAUAUGGAUUAUACGUAAGUUUCGAUUUUUAGAGCAUUUCAAAGGAAAAGUUGAAAAUUCUUAUUGCUGGAUGUGAUUUUUAGUAUGUUGGAGUAUGACCAUUUUUAUCGAUUUUCAUUCAAUCUGUAUGUAUGUAUGUACUGUAAUUUUUUUUUUUAAAUUUGGUAUGUCAGUAUUAUGUAUCGAUUCAGUUCUGUGCAAUCUGAAAUUAAUCUGCAAUUGUUUUUUUUAUGUCUUUAGGGCACCAUUGAUUUUAUGCGUUAUUUUACUGCAUCCUCAUAAUUUGUCCGAUAUUGAAAAACACAAGAGUCAAAACGAAUUGAAUUUGUGAGAAUAUAAUUUUUAUAAAUUUUUA